AUGGCGUCCUUCUUGUCGACGGCAGCGUCGUAUCUUGGGCGAACACAGCUCAGCACUAAUUAUACGGUCGAUACGUCUGCGCCCCCCGUCUAUUGCGGCAACUGGAAAGUCUCGCGAGCAGUACGCAACUCAGGCACCUCUUCUCCUGGUCCAUCAUCGGUGCCUGGAGCUGGAGCGGCGGGAUCGUCAAAGGACAGCUCUGCAGCUGAUCUAGGCGCCGGGAAAGGUGUCGUGAGCAUAUGGGAGGCAAAGCUCGAUGCGAGAGGUGGGGCCAGGCAGAUCUUGAUUGACAUGCUCAAGAAAGAGGCCUCAUCCCUCACUCGACUGCGACACCCAUGCAUCCUCUCCGUCGUUGAGCCCGUCGAAGAAACGCGCAGCCUCCUCACCUUCGCUACCGAGCCCGUCGUGGCAUCACUCCAGCAAGCUGUCGUAGCCAGCGAGUCGGCUGGGCGCGCCUCGUCAGAAGUAGCGCUGGACGAGGUCGAGAUUCAAAAGGGUCUGCUGCAGGUAGCUCGGGGUCUCGAGUUUCUUCAUACGGCGGGGAUGGUCCAUGGCAACCUGGACGGACACUCGGUCUGCAUCAAUGCGAAGGGCGACUGGAAACUGUGUGGAUUUGGCUUCCUCACGCCACUCAAGCAGCCCGAUGGCACCCCUACGCCCUUUAGGCAUCCGGACUACGACCCAUCCCUUCCGCCGUCAAUGAGCGUCAACUUCGACUACCUCGCACCGGAGUACGCUCUCGACGAAAAGCGAGAGCCAGCAAAUGACAUGUACUCGCUAGGCUGUAUAGUCUACGCUGUUCAUUCACGCGGGGACCCGCCAUUCAGGAAUCGCAACUCCCUCUCCAACCUACGCAAUAACGUCGACAGGCUGGCAACAAUGCAGGGAAGCAGCGAGUGGAGUCGUUUAGGAAGGGACGUGCUCGACUUGCUCUCCUCUCUGCUCACACGUUUCUCCGGUGGAAGGCUGACGGCGCAGACUUUCCAGUCCGCAGCCUACUUCAACAGCAUCCUCGUCUCAACGCUCAAAUUCCUCGAACGAGAAUCUUUCAGCGGGCGGAGCAAAGAGGAACGGGUACAAUUCCUCAAGGGCCUCCUCGGCGUGCUACCUCAAUUCUCCGAUCGCCUCCUUCGCCGCAAGGUGCUACCUGCGUUGUUGGAGCUGAUGAGCGACCGCUCUCUCCUCCCUUUCAUCCUCCCCAACGUCUUCCACAUCGCCCGCACCCUUUCCAGCAUCGAGUUCACAUCCUCAGUACUGCCCCGUCUUCAGCCCUUGUUCGCGGUACAGGACCCGCCACAGAACCAGCUCAUGCUCCUCGACCAAAUUGAGCUGUUCGUCUCCAAGACCUCUCCUCCAGUAUUCAGGGAGGGUGUAACCCCGCUCCUCUACUCUGCUCUAGAAGCCGAGCAGAUACAAGUGCAAGAAAGGGCCCUUCAGCAAGUACCGCGUCUCUGCGAGGUGCUGGAGUUCAGCCAUGUGAAGGAGGUCCUCUUCCCUCGAAUCGCAGUGCUGUUCAGCAAGACGAAGAUCCUCAGCGUCAAGGUCAACACCCUCAUUGCCUUCCAUCAAAUGGUCUCUCUACUGGACAAGCACACCCUAUCGACUAAGCUCGUGCCUCUUCUUGCCCGCAUCAAGACCCGUGAGCCAUCAGUCAUGGUCGCCACCCUCGCUGUACAUGAGGCGUUGGCAAGCAAGGUGGAUCGUGAGGUCCUGGCGACGGAGAUUAUCCCGCAGCUCUGGGUGAUGAGCAUGGGACCCCUUCUGGGCGCGGAACAGUUUGAGCGCUUCAUGGGCGUGGCGAGGGAGAUGGGCGAAAAGGUUGCCAAGGAGCAUAGUGAGCAUUUGAGGGAGGCGAGGAGGAUGCAGGAGCACACGGAGGCUUAUGAUCGAACAAGAACAGGCGGCGGCGGUGGCGAACUGAUGAACUCUGGUGGAGCUGGGCAAGCGAGCGGCGAAGUUGAUUUCGCCACUUUGGUUGGGAGCGGGAAGGAUAGUGGAGCAGGAGUAGCAAGGGACGUGACGGGAGCAAAGCCUGCCGCGUCUUCUUCGGCAUCAGCACUGCCCUUUGACCCCUUCGCAUUCGACGACCUCAACACCAAUGCGUCGACCUCAAACUCUCGAGCCGCAACUCCCGUCCUUACUCCCUCUCACACUGGCUCCUCCCUUCGUCCGACGCCAGCCACAGCCGGGACCUCACGUCCCUCCCUCAGCACAAGCACAACGAACGGCACACGGUCGAGCUCGUUUACCUCGCCCUUUCCUGCCCCUCCAGCUUCCUCUUCCUCUAUCCCGGCAAGCUCAAUACUCAGGCCAGGGAUGCCCAGCUCUUCUUCCAGCUCGAGCUCAUUGCGUACCUCGACGACGGCAACAGCGGCAAAGCCGGCGCCAACGCCCCCACCGGGCUGGUCAGGGUCGACGCUGAUGCCUACGAGCAGCGCCGGGGGGAGCAGCAUGGGCUCGUCAGCACCUAUGGGAUCGAGCGCAGGCGGGUCUACGGGGUCAGGACCGAACUACAAUAUCUCCCUCUCUCCCGCCUCUGGCUUUGGGAGCGCUCCAACUUCAGUGGGCAACGGAAGCGCCGACAGCUCAUCCGGCGCAAUGAGCAACUUCUCCGGCCUCCCACCACUCGUGCCACAGACCUCCUCGCUGGGCGCGUUGAGCGCGAGUGGGUUUGGCGGAGGAGGAGCAGGAGGAGGAGGCUGGAAGCCCAGCGGUGGCCAAAGUGGAGUGUUGCAGCCGACAAAGAAGAGUGGAACAGCUGGCAGCAUGGCAGGGGCGAAGCAGGGCUUUGCGGGGAGUGAGUUUGAUCCUUUUGCGUAGAGUAGAGCAUGAGCCUCCCUCUUCAGAGGCGACUUCCAAUCAAUUCAUCGCAACUGCCGUCGUG